UUAUCCAGAUUUCUCUGCAAAAACAAUUCUGCAAAUAGUUUGAACAAUGUCUAAUCAAGACAACAGUAUUGAUCAGCUCAAUGCAGAUCGCCGAAAUUGUGCUUCUCAGUCAACUGGUAAUAAAAUGGAUCCCAAUAUCAAACUGGACGACUUCUGCCGGUUGUGCCUACGGUACUGUGGCGCCGAACGAAUGCAACCGCUUAAAGGUAAUUCGACCAGCUUUGGUAACGAUACGGUUUCCUAUCCGGAUAUGCUAACCUACGUGUACGGCCUACCGUCGAACUUGUCCGAGCAUCUACCCCAGCGAAUUUGUGAACGCUGUGUAAAGCGACUGGAGGUUGCCUAUCGCAUUUGUCGAGAGUUCAAAGAGAAGGAAACGAUUCUGCAGAGGUUCUACUUUAAUGGUUCAGUGCUGAAGGGGCUAAAACAAUACCAAAACUUCCGAACGGUGCCACGUUCUAGUAGCAAAGAGCAGUCACAACUCAACAACAACAAUGCCGUAAAUGACAAACAAAAGUUGCCUACAGAAAGCACAUUAACGGACAGUUGCGACCCUUUGUCGCCGGAAGACCUGUCCAAGAUAGAUCAAACAUUCGAGCUGCGCUCCGAUGGAUUGCUGCAGUGCAUGUUUUGUCCGAAAACCUUGAGCAAGAGAGAAGAUUGCCGGGACCAUUACAAGCAGCACGACGGCCUGCGAAUGGGACUCUUCAAAUGUCAGUACUGUAGCAAAAGUUUCAGCAAGCAAUCCGAUGCCUCGCGGCAUGAACGCAGGGUUCACAACCAUUCGCCGGAAAGAAAACGGCGCCGAAGGAGAGGGUCCACAAAACAGGAAACUGAAGACGACCCGAACACUGCCGGCGACGCUGCCGAGGAGCCACUACAGGUUGAAAUGGUGACAAUAAAACCGGAACCAUCCUUUCUAGGACAAACCGAGGACGAAGACGACGGUGACGGCGACAGUGACGGAUCGGAUAAAAAUGAAACUUCCGACGAUGAGGAACCGGGAGAGCACCGAGAACGACGGAUGCAAAAAACAAAGCACGACUAUACCGUCGGAUCGGACGGCUUGUAUCAUUGCAAAACCUGCCAGCGGGUGUUUUCCAAACGAAAGCAGUAUGCCGAACAUUUGAAAGUUCACGAUGCACUGCGACUGGGCCGAUACAAAUGUGAACAGUGUAAUAAACUGUUCCGAAAGCGGUACCACCUGAACCGGCACACGGACAGUAUUCAUCUGGGCAUCAAGAGGGUGCGUUGAGGGUCGACGGAGACAAGGGUACAAUUGAUUAGUGACGCAGUGGUCAAUUUCAAAUUCCUCGAAUUGAUUCUUUAUUAUUUUAAUUUAAAGAAUAGUUUUUAUAUUUGAAAAUAUGAAUUAAA